AUGAUUUCCUGCAGUGGGCAUCCCGCAUGCACGACAUCUCAGAGUCACUGCAGAACACGUGGAGUCCCGAAGACCUUCUGGCCUCAAAGCAGUGCCGAGCUCUGCUUGAAACAAAUAGCUGCUCUAUCUCAACCAUGUCAGUGCCAGACGAAGAUGAACGGAAAACGCUGUAGCAGUAUGUGCAGGUGUAUGCAGUGCGGAGUUUUGAGAGACCGUUGCAAACCAGGGGCUUGCAGCAUUUUGCUCGCCAAGGUCCUAGGUGCUUUGUCCUGUAGGAGACCCGCCAUGACCGAGGCACAGAUGAAGGAGACGCGCGAGGUCCUCAAGUUCACGAGGAUGUGCAAGUACUGGAAGGUGAACCGGUGCCACCUUGGUGCUGACUGCAACUUUGCUCACACUGAGUCACAGUUGAGGGAUCAGCCGGACCUGGUAUCGACGCAGCUCUGCUUCCAGUUUGCACGCAAGGGGACGUGCAAGAAUGGCGAGGCAUGCACCUUCGCUCAUGGAAAGUCUGAGCUCCGACGCCUUCAGAAAAAGGGAAAGGCCGCGCGCGAGAGUGCAGAGCCCAAGAAGGUGCCCAUCAGGGUCGCAGGAGAACAACAGAUCGGCUCAACUGUCGGUCCGUUUGUCCAUGCAGGGCCCUUGACGGUGCCUGGUGUCAUUCCGGCCAUGACCGUGGACACGACCCUGAACUUCCGGGCACCGCCAGGGCUGGAAUGCUCCGAGGAGGCUAGCCCGAUUAGUCCUCCACCAGGUCUUGGGAUGUUGGCCCAGCCGGUGCCGAACACGUUUGCGGCGAUGCUUCGGGAGGGUUUGGAGAGCUCUCACCGCAAGCCUCUGCUGAAACACGCCAGCUACAGCCACGACAGCCUCUUCCAAUCCGACAGCACCGCCUCCACUGGCUACGUGUCGGACACGAGCGAGCCUUCUACUCCCUUGAUCGCCUUGACCGGGCCCAUGUGGUUGUGA